CCACUGCCUCUUAAAAGUGAGCUCAUCUGGCACUGGGUUGCACUGAAGUCCUCCACCGUGCCUGAAGGAAGAAUGCUUUUGGGUAGUGGGAAGGUGGAGAAGAUGUGGUCAGCCCAGCUGUUCCUUGGGGUUCUAGCCGUCUUGACCAUGACUGUGUAUAUCCCAGCUACACAUGGAGAGCCUUUUUUACUACAAGAUAAUCAAGUGCUUCCGGAGAGAGAAGACACAAAUCAUGAGGAAACACUGCUGACUCUGCUUCUUAAUAAGAAACUCGCAUGGCGGAGACCAGAAAAUAUUGACUGGGAGCUGGCAAAGAAAUUUGAAGAGCUUGAAAAGCUGGAGAAGUUGAAGGAUCAGCUCUCAAGUGAGGAAGGGUCAGAAGUGGCCUAUGCCUUGGAAAGUCUUUCAGCAUCCCAGCCCAAAAAACGCGCCUGCUUUUGGAAAUACUGCAUCUGAAGGCUUGCCAGGACUGAAGGAUGAACAUGAGCCCUUCCCCAAAUGCCUUGCUGGUUAUUAAUGUGUUGAGAGUUUGUUCUGUUCUGCCAUCAUGCUGCUAAGUUGGAUGCCAUCCUCCAUGACUAUAUCACAGCCAACUCUAACAGUGACUGUGACAGGAGCUGGUAACCCACUACCACUCUCCACUGUUCCUUCCUUCCUUCCUUCUAGGUUUAUCCCACUGUCAUCUUCUACUUGGAAGAUGCUCACCAACUUUCCUUACUGUCCUGUGUGUGCCAUUCAGUCUGCUGCCACUGUACACUCUUCCCCUUCUCACCAGAUCCCCUGAGGCACCAAACACUAACUCAG